ACCUAGACUUUAAGGUCAGGUGCAAAGACAAAAGCCCAAAUCUCACCGUGUCUGAUGAUAGCUAUAACAUAUCAUCUAACUUUUUUUGGCCCGGGUUUUGUUUUGCAAAAACCUCAGUUCAUUCUCUUUCAAUUUUCCUUGCAUUAAACAAAACCUCCCAAAUAUCAAUUCGUGAAAACUGAUUAGCUUUUGCAGAUCUGGGUUUGUGAAUUGUGAGCAUGGUCAGCGUCGAUGUGCAAAAGGGAAGCCAACGCGAGAGGGAACCCCGAUGUAGAUUUUCCUGUUCGUGCAAGGGUAAGGCUCACUCGUCGGCCUCAAACGACAAAGCUUCGCCGACUCGUUAAGCUUUGCAUUGGCUCUUCAUUCCCUUUGCUAUACGGGUUCUGGCAGUCUGCAUUCAAUGGAGAAGAGAGGAGGAGAGAGGGGAUUGGACACCAAAUUAGAAACCCUCGAGCUCGACUCCUCCUCCGGUCCUCCCAAGUCCCACCCAAGUUCUCUGCCUCUCUGCCCUCACCCACACCGCCGGCGCUCCCCUCCCUCUCUGCUGUGUCCAAUCUCCAGCGUUGCUCUGUUGCUCUCUGCUUUCUGCAUCUGUUGAUCUGCAGCCCUCACCGAACUUGCUCUCUGCCUUCUGCUAAUGCACUCUCGCCGGAGCUGCUCUCUGCCUUCUGCUGAUCUGCUUUCUACUCUCUACCUUCUGCUGAUUUGCUAUCACCGAAGCUGCUCUGCUUUAUGCUGAUCUACUCUCACCGAAGCUGCUCUCUGCGUUUGUUGUGUGUCUACUGAUCUGCUCUCAUCGGAAGUCCAGAACUACUUUUUGCUGAUACUUUCUUUCACUUCAGUUCAUCGUCCCUGAUUUCUACUGUUCUGCUUUCACCGGCACUUGGCUCUGCUCUCACCGGCGCUCGUCUCUGCUCUCAUGAUUUCUUUUUCUUAUUCAUUUCUCUUGUGAUUUCUAUUCAUGUUAUAAGCUGGAGUUUUGGUUUUUAAUCACUAAGAGAAGCAUGCUGGUAUUGUUUUAUUUAGUGUUAAAGCAUAAAAUGACCUCUUGGAUUGUGAAUAUGAACGACUGAAGAGUUAUAAUUUCUUUCCAUAAUUUCACAGGUCACUUGUGAAAAGGAAAUAUGGAUCUGAACUCUGGUUUCAAGAAAAGUCACUUUGAGAACCUAUUUCUGUUAAGGAUGCCCUAAAAUUUGUUAUAGUCAAACCACUGGAAUCAUUAUUGGUAAGUAUAGAUUGCUAUAAAUGGUUUGAUGUUCAUUGAUGUUACUGUUCUCUAGUGUGAUGUCUAGAGACUUAAACUAUAUCCAGUGUUGUAUCUGCUAGGCUUUGGAGAAAAGAGGAUCAGAUUUAGUUACAAACUAAAAAUCAUGUAUUUUAUAUAUCUAGCAUACUGUGUAGAGUUGUCUACCUACAUCAGGUAUUGCAUCUGCUAGGCUUUGGAGAAAGGGAGAAUCUGAUUUAAUUAUAAACUAAAAAUGAACUU